CCACACCGCCAGCCACGAAAGCUACCAUUGCCAAAGGCCUAAACAGAGAGAAGGAUAGCAUGGUGGGUAAAGGAGAUCAGACUAUGACGCUGGAAAGAGUGUAGACGAAACAACGAGUACCUAGGAAUCUGCGAUACUCAUGGCUGACAGUGGGGGAAUAUAUAGAAGCGAUGCAUGGGAGAGCAGAGCCAGUCUAAGAUGGCCGCGCAACAAAGUCCGAUAUUCACCACUCACGGCAGUCAGUCAGUCUUCCCACCAACCAGCCAUCCCGCCAGAUAGAUUGCUCCGAGACGUGCACCCUCGACCAGACAAGCCCAGAUCAAUACAGAGAUUUUCCAUCGUCUGGAUCAUGCUUUGCCCUUGUACGCUCUACCCACCCAACCCACAUCCAUCCUCUACACGUUUUUUUCUUCUUUCUUCUCGGUACUGCAAGGGGUCAGAUACGUUUGCAUGGCUGCCUGUGAUGCUUGCUAUAGGGAACGGCAGCUUGGAAGCAAUCGUUCCGUCUCCACCUCUCCCCACUUUCCCCCUGAAUCAAUUCACUGCUGAUUUCCCAUGGCUUGCGCACAUGGUGCGUACGACGACUCAUGAAUCAUUCGACGCGCGUACGGGGAAGAGCGCAAUGGUGGACGAUAGUUGAUAUUAGGGGUCUGUGUGGCUGUUCGAGGCUCCAUGAUGCUUGCAGAGCUACCAUCUGCCACAUUCGGUGCUAUCCACGUCAAUGGACCUGCUCAGCCUUGCGGGCG